AUGGCUAAUACCAGAGUUUUCUUUUCUGAUCUGAAGUCCGGCGGCAAGUGCUCAUCCGUCGUCGAGGCUAGGCUCUUGCGAUACUGGGAGGCCCAGAAUGUGAAACGCGGCGGUGACCUGAUGUGGGUCGACAGGAAUGCAAUAGCAGAACUAGGGAGACUUUUGAUGUACGAAACAUCUCGAGAGUGGCUGCUAGAGGGACUAUCUCCAUACAGGUUUUGCAAGAGCCAUCACACACGCGAUGUGAAAUCUGCUAACGUUCUCUUGGAUGAGAAGUUCAUGGCCAAAGUUUCAGAAUUGGGACUCCCUAAGACUGGUCCAUAUCUUGACCAGACAUAUGUGAGUCUAGCUGUGAAAGGAAGUUUUGGUUAUGUACUUGACCAGUUGGUGAAGAAAGCAAAGAUAGAAGAGAUCAUAGACCAGUUUCUUGAUUGGAAAUAA